CCUUACUGGAUGCUCGGCGCCAGUCUACGGCUGUCGCAGCCGAAGUAAACACGAGAGAAAUUUCUUUUAAAUCAAGUUUUUUCAGCGGACUUUGCAACUUCAUAUGACCCGAAAUGAAUCUGGAACUACUAGAGUCAUUUGGGCAGAACUAUCCAGAGGAGGCAGAUGGCACCCUGGACUGUAUCAGCAUGGCCCUCACCUGCACCUUCAACCGCUGGGGGACCUUGCUGGCUGUGGGCUGCAAUGAUGGCCGUAUCGUUAUCUGGGACUUCCUCACACGAGGGAUUGCCAAAAUCAUCAGCGCACACAUUCACCCUGUCUGCUCUUUAUGCUGGAGUCGAGACGGUCAUAAGCUGGUCAGCGCCUCCACAGACAACAUCGUCUCACAGUGGGACGUUCUGACUGGAGACUGUGACCAGAGAUUCCGCUUCCCCUCCCCCAUCCUGAAGCUGCAGUGCCACCCCAGAGACAUGGACAAGGUGCUGGUGUGUCCCAUGAAGUCGGCCCCGGUCCUCCUCACACUGUCAGACUCCAAGCAUGUUGUUUUGCCGGUGGAUGACGAUUCGGACCUGAAUGUGGUGGCAGCUUUUGACAGGCGGGGCGAGUACAUCUACACUGGCAACGCCAAAGGAAAGAUUUUAGUGUUAAACACAAACACUCAGGAGCUGGUGGCUUCUUUCAGAGUGACAACCGGUACCAGCAACACCACUGCCAUCAAAUCCAUCGAAUUCGCACGCAAGGGCAGCUGCUUCCUCAUAAACACGGCGGACCGGAUCAUCAGGGUGUAUGACGGCAGGGAGAUUCUGACCUGCGGUCGGGACGGCGAGCCAGAGCCGAUGCAGAAACUACAGGACCUGGUCAACAGGACUCCUUGGAAGCGCUGCUGCUUCUCUGGGGACGGCGAGUACAUCGUGGCCGGUUCAGCCAGGCAGCACGCCCUCUACAUCUGGGAGAAAACCAUGGGGAACCUGGUGAAGAUCCUGCAUGGAACCAGAGGAGAGCUGCUGCUGGAUGUCGCUUGGCAUCCUGUCCGUCCAAUCAUCGCCUCCAUUUCCAGUGGCGUGGUUUCGAUCUGGGCUCAGAACCAAGUGGAAAACUGGAGCGCUUUUGCCCCAGACUUCAAAGAGCUUGAUGAGAACGUGGAGUACGAGGAACGGGAGUCUGAGUUUGACAUCGAAGAUGAAGACAAGAGUGAACCUGAACAAACGGGUGCCGACGCAGCAGAAGACGAGGAGGUGGACGUCACCACCGUUGAUCCCAUAGUUGCUUUUUGCAGCAGUGACGAGGAGCUGGAGGACCAUAAGGCCCUGCUGUACCUGCCCAUCGCUCCCGAGGUGGAAGAUCCGGAGGAAAACCCCUUCGGUCCCCCUCCGGAUGCCUCGGUGCAGGCUGCUGGGACCGAGGAUGCGGCGGCGGGAGGCGAUAAGAAGCAGCGGCAGCCUUCGUCUGAAGGAGGCCCGGCCAAGAAGAAGGCUCGAACGACCACUAUUGAACUGCAGGGGGUGCCGAGUGACGAGGUGCACCCCCUGCUGGGCGUGAAGGGCGACGGCAAGUCAAAGAAGAAGGCAGCCGGUCGGCCCAAAGGCUCCAAAGGUAAAGACAAAGACUUCCCCUUCAGGCCCAAGCCUUACAGGGGCGAACGGCCCUCCUUCCCCGGGGUGCCCGAGGCCCUGGGCAGCUCUGGCCUUGGAGGCGUAGGAGGAGGAGGAGGAGGAGGAGGAGGAGGGAUGAAGGGCAGGGCAGAGGGAGGCCUGGUUCCAGGAAGUCUGGUGGCUCAGUCGUACAAACAGCACGACAUCGGCGGGAUGGACUGAUCCUCGUCUGCGUCCCAGAGACUCCUAACAAAGAGACGCCGGUCCAGAUGUGUGGUGUGAGACUGCUUCCUCUCCUGAACACACAAACACACACACACACACACCAGCGUCCAGACCACCGCAGCGAGCCACCAGCAGGCCCCGUCGUCUCCAGAUCACACGUCCGUCUCUGUAGGACUCAUCUUGUAUAGAACCGCCCUGUCCCGACAGUGUGUGUGUGAGUGAGUGAGUGUGUGUUGUCUUUUCUUGUUUUUUUUUAUACGUAUUAAAACAUGGUUUGUA